AUGAGAAAUCACACAGGGAUAACAUUUAUCCUGCAGGGACUGACAGAUGACCCACAACUGCAGGUUUUGCUUUUUAUCUUUCUGUUUCUCAACUACUUGCUGAGUAUAAUUGGGAACCUGACCAUCAUCAUUCUCACCUUGGUAGAUCCCCACCUAAAAACUCCUAUGUAUUUUUUUCUUAGAAAUUUCUCCUUCUUAGAAGUAUCACUCACAACUUCCUGUAUUCCCAGGUACCUCUAUAGCAUAUCAACUGGAGACAAUACCAUUUCCCUUAAUGCUUGUUUUGCCCAAAUAUUUUUUGUAAUUUUUCUUGGGGCAACAGAGUUCUUUCUUCUGGCCACCAUGUCCUAUGAUCGUUAUGUGGCCAUCUGCAAACCUCUGCAUUAUACAACUAUCAUGAAUAGUAAAGUCUGUAACCAGCUUCUGUUAAGUUCCUGGAUGUCUGGACUAAUGAUCAUCCUUCCACCACUUAGUCUGGGCCUCCAGGUAGAAUUCUGUGACUACAAUGUCAUUGAUCAUUUUGGCUGUGAUGCAUUCCCCCUGCUGAAGAUUGUGUGCUCAGAUACAGAGCUCAUAGAAAGAAUGGUUUUAAUUUUUGCUGUGUUGACACUCAUCAUUACCUUGUUCUUGGUGGUUUUGUCCUAUGCCUACAUUCUCAAGACAGUACUGAGAUUCCCCUCUGCUCAACAAAGGCAAAAGGCCUUUUCCACCUGUUCCUCCCACAUGAUUGUUGUCUCCAUCACUUAUGGCAGCUGUAUCUUCAUGUAUAUGAAGCCUUCUGCAAAGGAAGAAGUGACUUUGAACAAGAUGGUAUCUGUACUCACAACAUCUGUCACCCCAGUGAUGAACCCCUUUAUUUACACUCUGAGGAAUAAGCAAGUUAUAGAAGCUUUUAAGAAUUUAGUUAAAAAGAUAGUGUUUCUCCUGAAGCAAUAA